AUGUCUUCCCAGAAUAACGACUCCGUCUGUUUGAGCAACAUCAAACAUCUCGCAAUCACCCUCUCGUAUACGCCCCAAACAUCGAGAUUCCUUCCAUCAUCAAAGGCUGCAGAGACGGCAGAUUGGCUUUCUCACAUUCUCUCUGAAAAUGAGUCCGGCCAAUACAUGAGCACCGAAACGCAAGCCCGUGCCGAAAGCCUUCGCUACAUAUGUUCUCUGUCUGUCCGUCAACCUCUGGCAGAUCUCUGUAUCUCUGCCCUAGGCGCAGUCAAACACGGCCGUCAUGAGAUCGAGUCCCUCAUCCGGAUCGAUCGACGUAGAGACACAGCGGGCCUGAAGUGGCUCUCUAUGGCCGAGGACUACGUCCUCACUCGCUACGCCCCGUACUCGAAGAAGAUUGAGGCCAAGCGCAAGAAGAUGGAGGAAGAGAAAUGGAUACACCUCUUCAACGGCCGCAAGUCAGGCGGUCCCAUAAUCAAGUGUCCCUAUGAGACCUCGGCCGUCUUUGCGGUCAUGGACUGGGUCGACAUUGACCGCAUCCUCGACUACGAGACGACGCGUGAGGGCGCAAGAUGGACCGAUUACCCCGGUAUCUCAGCCUUUGUCGACUUCUCGACCAAGCUGCCAGGAAGACAACCCCCAUCGAAGCUGACGGCAUACGUGGAGAGCGUAGCCAAGUCCUGCGGCGACGAGAAUUGGCGGAAGGUACGGAAAUUCAUCAAGACGUACAUCGCACACCGAUACCCAGCGUCUCCCAACUUAUACACGGAAACGAAUUGGUUCGAAGCCCCCUUGCUGUUUCUCGACGCUCCCAUGGUAGAACGCGAGAUGCAAAAGAGCAAGCCGAGUACAGUGGGCGGCAAGCCCGAUGGCUCGGAAGAGAUCCAGCGCCAGAGACGCCAAAAGUUUGAGGAAGACUCUCAAGCCCUGUCGGAAUGGACCCCAAGUUGUUGCGAUGAUGAUAAGAUAUUGGCGAAACGAGAGAUGACUGCCUUCAAGGCUUAA